UUCCUAGAAAAAGUUAACUUCGCAGAAAGAACCUACAAUGGAAGAUUGGAAUCUCUACCAACAAAUAAGACAUCAAACUUCUCUGUUUUUUCCAUUUCCAUUUCUUCUACUUUUCUCAGUCACCUUCUUGUAAAUUCAAAGUAUUUUCUACAUGCUUUACACUUCAACUUUUUCCAACCAUAUAAAAAAACCUUAUAUAGAGAUUAAAGACCAAACAUCAUAAGCAAAAACAUCAAUCUAAGUACCAUGAUAUCUCUCUUCAGCAAACUCAACAUACAAAAAAAGCAAAAAUCUUUCACCUCUCAUUCCUCUUCAACCAUGGAUGACAAAGUAGAUUGGUCUCAACUCCCUAUAGAACUAUGGCCAAAGAUAGGAAAAUAUCUUGAUAAUCAUAUAGAUGUUCUUCGAUUUCGGAGUGUUUGUGAAUCAUUUCGUUCUUCAAUUCCUCAUUCUCUUCCAAAUUCUCCUUCUUUUCCUUUACAAAUACCUCACCCCAUCAACAUCUCACUAAUCAACAACCUUAACCAAUUAACUGUUUAUCUUAUUCAACCAACUGAUGCAAGUUCAAAUUCCAAUUUAGAAUCUUUAGCAACUUGUUCUUCUUCCAAAGGUUGGUUGAUUAAGGUAGAAGAAUCAAGGAAUCAACCAUUGCGUUUGUUGAGUCCGGUCUCAGAUCGAAAACUAUCAUACCCUCUUAGUAGUAGUAACAACAGUUCUGUCAUGUUAUGGAACUUGAUGGAUUAUAGGGUCAUUGAGUUAUGCAAAUCAUAUACAAUUGAAAAGGCUACACCUACACGUUUCUCUAGUUCUGUGAUCAAAGUUGUGUUUUAUCCUAACUCUCCUUGGACUAGUGUUGAGGAUUGUGUUUCUUGUUGUGUUUUUCAAGAAGGUAAAUUAGGAUUCAUGAAACAUGGUGAUAAACAAUGGAAACUUGUGGAUGAAAAGAAUUUUUACUAUGAUGAUGUUAUUGUGUUUAAGGGUCAGUUUUAUGUUACUGAUAAAUGGGGAACUAUUUCAUGGAUUGAUGUUUGUUCUUUCAAGUUGGUACAAUUUUCGCCGCCUUUAUGUGGUUUUGGAAACAAGAAACAUUUGGUGGAGUCAUGUGGGAGUCUUUAUGUUGUUGAUAGAUACUAUGAAAGUAAUGAAGACAUGAGAAGGAACUAUGUCGGAAGACGCCACGAUCGCCACGAUCAAGAUGCUGUUGUUGAAUGUUUCAAAGUUUAUAAGCUGGAUGAAGAAUGGGGAAAAUGGGUUGAUGUGAAAAAUUUGAAAGAUAGAGCUUUCAUUUUGAGCAAAAGCUGUAACUUUUCUGUUUCAACUAAAGAAUUGAUUGGAUAUCAAGGGAAUUGCAUCUACUUUAGGGAUGCUUUUGAUGUGAGAAUGUAUAAUCUGGAUGAUCAUAGUGUCACUACUGUUGAUUUUAAUCCUUGCAUUGACAAGACUUUGUGGUCUCGUUCACCUUGGAUGAGAUGUUAGAGGACAAAACAGUUUCAAAGCAAAGAGUGUCAAUAUGAAGAAGAAUGCCUCUCCCUAAAGAAAUGCAGAAUGUAGAGACUAGAGACUACUAUUUGCUAAUUUAUGUUUGUUCUGCUACAAGUAUAUAAUGAGAUUAAAUUAAACAAACCUACACAAUUGAUUAAACUGUGUAGGUUAUGGAUGGAAGGCUAUGUUAUGUACAUCCGAAUGAAAUCUUCUACAUGUCGUCGUUAUUAUUCCAUAGUGCUGGAACAAUAUAGCAAAUAAUGUAUACAUGGAGUUUGAAAGAUUAAUGUGUUUCAUACCAAACUUGAUUGUUGUCCUUGGUCUCAAUUCAAAAGCGUUCUUCUCCUGCCGAUUGCCAAAAUCACAACAAAUUUGAACUAUUCAGUAUAUUUACUUUUUCAAUAGAUUUGUUGUCUGAAAAGGUCAAUUACAAGAUAAUAUGAAAAUAACACACCAUUCUAAAUCCUGCAAGUUUACCCAAGGUUGAGAGCAAAGUUGUGUUCUAUCCAAACUCUCCUUGUAUCGGUGUUAAGAAGAUUGGCUCGCCCUGAGUGCAGAGUGCAGACACAACAUUUUGGCAUAAACAAUGGAAUGUUGGCUUAAUUUUUACUUAGUUUAUUUGCUAAAUGAUCAAGUUUGUUGACUCUCCCAUUCCACUUUGUAACAAGAUGAGAAUCAAGAACAUACAAGUGAUCGUUGUUCGACUAUAAGCAUAAAAUGAGAUUAAAUUAUGUGGUUUGAGGAUUGAAUCCUAUCAGCAUGACAGCCAUCUUUUGCA